UGCUCCGUUGUCGCUUGGCUGCCUCCCCAGCUCUGGGCUGAGCUGCACCCUGCUCCACCUCCGGAUAGACAGAAAGAUGUUCCUUGGAGCUGCCUGGAGCUUGAUUCUGCGAGGGCUCAGAAUUCGAGGUAUGCACAAUCCAGGAGCCACCAAUGCAGCCCACAGCAAGGAGAAGAUGCCCCCGUACACCGACUUCCAUGCCCAGCGCUCCUACCCCAUGCCAAACGAACCCUUCUGCACGGAGCUCAAUGCGGAGCAGCAGGCCCUGAAGGAGAAAGAGAAGGGCAGCUGGACCCAGCUGAGCCACGCUGAGAAGGUGGCCUUGUACAGACUCCAGUACCAGGAGACCUUCGCAGAGAUGAACCGUCGCUCCAAUGAGUGGAAGACAGUGAUGGGCGGGCUCUUCUUCUUCACUGGACUCACAGCUCUAUUGAUUUGGUGGCAGCGUGUCUAUGUCUUCCCAGAGAAGCCCAUCACCCUGACAGACGAAUGGAAGGCCCAGCAGCUGCAGCGCGUCCUGGACAUGAAGGGCAACCCCGUGCAAGGCCUGGCCUCCCGCUGGGACUACGUGAAGAAGGAGUGGAAAAAGUGACCUACAUCCCUGCAACACCCAGAGACCCCACAGCCCCAGAGCUGGGGAGCCCAUGGAAGCCUCCUCCUCAACCCCAAUAAAGCUGUCCUGUUUUCUCC